GAGCUCUACAGAUCUGGAGAGGAAAGUCGGAGAGAGUCGCGGUGCUUAGCAGAGUGGAGUGGAACGGCAGCGAGGCGCGAGCUGCUCGAGGGAUCGAAAUUGAGCCCUAGGAAAAGAAGAAGCAGAAGGUGCAAAAGGUGCAGAAGGUGGUGUCCAUCGAGGUGCAGGGGCAGCAGCAGAGCGAGUCCGGCGGGGGUGCGGAAAUGUGCGGGUCGCGCAGCGCAAGGGCCGACGAUCGGCUGUGACGAGAGCGAGAGCGCCCCAGAGUGUGAUGAGGUGUCCGGCAAAAUGUGAGGCCGAGCGAAAUGACGACGUGACGAGUGGCCGCUGCCGCCGAUCGCCGACUAGAGUGGCCGUCGCCGCCGCGGUCGACGCCGCCGACGCCGCCGCCGCCGCUCCUGCCCAGCAGAGGACGAGUGCACACCAAAAUGGAGGAAGCGGAACAGCGCUCGCGACCAGCCUUCCGACGCUUCUCUGCGCUCUUUCUACUUAGCUCCUGGGCACCGGACGAUGUCACCUAAUUGCCGACGACACACCUAGGCGGCCACUUUUGAACCGGACACGGAAAAAAUACACACGCAAAAUAACUCACACACACACAUACACAAAUACACACACACACGGACUCUUGCUCCUUCCCGCCGCCGCCGCCGCACCUCUCUCCCAACAGCGAGGGUGCUGCCCGAGUAUAUAUAAAUUUCUAUAUUUUCGUUCGGAGAAUAUAUUUUGAUUUUUAUAUAUAUAUAAAUGUAAAUAUACACGAGGAGGAGGAGAAGAAGAACAAGAAGAAGUGAGUGAAUUAUUUGGACUUUGGGGGCAGCUGCGAAAAAACUCGGUUCUCUUUCUCUCGAGGGAGAGAGACGACGACGCCGCAUGCACGCAGUUAAUGAGCCAAGAGGAAAUGCUGGAAUCUGAAAUGUAACAUGGCGAACACGAAUUGUUCCGCGAGUGAGUCGAGUCCACAAAAUGCGAACGGCCACGUUUUCACCAAAAAGACUUUUCACAAGCCUACUUACUGCCAUCACUGCACUGACAUGCUGUGGGGCCUCAUCCAGCAGGGAUACAUCUGCGAAGCUUGCAACUUUGUUGUUCACGAUCGCUGCCUUAAGACAGUGGUCAGCCCAUGUUCCAGCAUUGCUGCUUCCAUCAUCAAGAACCCGGUGGCGCACUGUUGGUCGGAGCAAGUGCAUCACAAGCGCAAGUUCUGCAACGUUUGCCGGAAGAGACUUGAGGACUCGUUGUCUCUCCACUGCGAAAUAUGCGACUACUUUGUGCACGCCGAGUGUCAGGACUUUGCGACGGCCGACUGCAAGCAGAAUGCCACCUACCUGCCGGGCGUGUUGCUGUCCGACGUGCGCCACCUGCACCACUGGCGCGAGGGCAACCUGCCGAGCAACGCCAAGUGCGCGCUCUGCAAGAAGACCUGCUGGAGCGCCGAAUGCCUCGCCGGGAUGCGCUGCGAGUGGUGCGGCAUGACGUGUCACGCCGUGUGCCACAAAAACGUUCCUCCAGAUUGCUCGUUUGGCGUGCUGCAGCCCAUCUACCUGCCGCCGCACGCGGUCAGCAUCCCGCGCACCGAGGUGCCCAUGGAGGCCAUCAUCGGGGUGCAGGUGCGCCGCAAGGAGACGCUGUCCCGAUUCGUUCUUGGUAGCACUCUCGCGUUUAGGAUUUUAGCCCGAAGCAUAUCAGAGGAGUUCAGCUCCGGGGACACGAGGUACCGCGACGAGGAUGCGGCCGGCGGCCACGUCAGCGGCGGCAACUCCUCCGGGGGCAGCGGAGGCAGCGGCUCUGGCGGCAGCAGCUCGUCGGCGAGCCAGAAAAUGGUCAAGGAAAAGGACGAACGAGACGAAGAGGUGAUAAAGGUUUACGACGGAAACAACUCGAUGCGCCGACGCUUGUUUCGCGUAAUUUCUGUAUCUCGAUCAGCCAGUUGUACCCAAGUGUUGGCAGCUGCGCUCCGAGCCUUUCAUCUCCUCCGAGACCCAUCUCACUUUUUCUUGACUGACGCGUACUCCACCGACGAGGUGGAGCUGUGCGACCCUCACCCUGUCCAGUCGCUGCACAGAAAGGAGGGGAAGAGGCCGGCCGUUUUCCUCAGGGCCGGGGACUGUGACGAUGGCGAGGUUCGCAUUUACCCUGGAAGACUGCAAGACGUCCAGCAGCAGUGGUGCACGGUCAAGAUCAGCAGCCACACCACCGUGGCCGAGCUGACCAAAAUGGCCAUGGACGCCUUCGGACUCGGCGACGCCAACAGCGAAGACUUCCGCAUGAGCGAGGUCUUGCUGGACCGCGGAGUUUCGGAGCGUGUGCUGGACGAGGACCAAAGACCUUGGCUGAUCCUGCGACAGCUGGGGAAGGACUCCAUCAGGCAAAUGGAGUUGAUGCGCUUCUACCUGCAACUCAGACAAGAUCCGCACGGUCCAAACUUGGCCCUGUUUGUGGGAAAUUUGCCGCCAAACUUAUCUCAGCGCAACUACGAGAACAUCCUUACAGACUUAUUAAGCAAAGAAAACAAGUUCAACAGCAUAGGACCAAUUUAUUACGAGUACGGAUCAAUGGUGAUAACUUACGAGGACGCCAAUAAAGCAGUGCGCGCUUUGUACAUCUUAAGAGAGUCAGCGUUCGAGGACAAACACCUCCUAGUCAUGUUGCUUCCAAAUAUCGAACCCUCCAUGGUACCUGCCGGAGUUACUCCUCUCCUAGUUUUUGUUAACGUCAAGUCAGGGGGCUGCCAGGGCCUGGAACUGAUCACCAGUUUCAGGAAGCUGCUGAACCCCUAUCAGGUGUUCGACCUGGACAACGGCGGCCCUCUCCCAGGGUUGUACGUGUUCCGGCAUAUCAAAGACUACAGGAUCCUGGUGUGCGGAGGCGACGGCACCAUCGGGUGGGUCUUGCAGUGCCUGGACAACGUUGGCCAGGACUCGCAGUGUUCGUCGCCCGCAUGCGCGAUAGUACCCUUGGGCACAGGAAACGACCUGGCGCGAGUGCUGCGAUGGGGACCAGGCUUGGCGGGCGGUGAAGACCCGAUGAACCUUUUGCGAGACGUGAUUGACGCCGAGGAGAUCCGACUGGACAGGUGGACGGUCGUGUUCCACCCUGAGGACAAGGCUGACGACAGCAAACUGCAGCAACUCGCCAACUCGACAGCGGCUGCAGCCAAAGUGUCACAGACGCCAUUUACGUUGAGCCAACGAUUUCUUACAGCCGGCUCGACCAGCGAGGACAACACACAAAUUUUCGUCAUGAACAAUUACUUUGGUAUUGGGAUUGACGCCGACUUGUGUUUGGAUUUCCACAACGCGCGAGAGGAAAAUCCCAACAAGUUCAACAGCAGAUUACACAACAAGGGCGUUUACGUGAAAAUGGGCCUGCGGAAAAUGGUGGGCAGGAAAAUGUGCAAGGAGCUGCACAAAGAGAUCAGACUGGAGGUGGACGGGAAGCUGGUGGAGCUGCCACAGGUGGAGGGAAUCAUCAUUCUCAACAUUUUGAGCUGGGGCUCUGGAGCAAAUCCGUGGGGUCCCGAGAAGGAGGACCAAUUUUCAAAGCCUAACCACUGGGACGGAAUGCUGGAGGUGGUCGGGGUCACGGGCGUUGUCCAUCUCGGCCAGAUCCAGUCCGGCUUCCGCUCAGCCCUCAGGAUUGCACAGGGUGGACACAUCAAAAUUCACCUCCACUCGGACAUCCCUGUCCAAGUGGACGGCGAGCCGUGGAUUCAGAGCCCGGGAGACGUAGUUGUUCUCAAGUCAGCUCUCAAGGCCACGAUGCUCAAGAAGACCAAGGGCAAGAUCAAGCGGCGCAACACGGAGCCCUCGAUGCUGGUGUCGGCGCCGUACACGGUGCACAAGCCCGGCGCCUCACCGGUGCAGGCGAGUCCGCACGCCACCGGCGGCGGCCUCUCGCAGGUCUUCGAGGACGACACCUCCCUCAACAACACCAACUUCUGAGGGGACGCCGCGCUGCCGCCGCCGCACCCGACUUGUGAUGCGACUUCUCCGCAAAAAUUGAGAAUCAGUAGUGCACGUGAUACAGUAAAAAUAAUGCAGGAUGAUGAUGACUCGUCGUUUCUGUUUGCACGCGCCCGAUGACGGACUUUCUCGGUCGCAGUGCGCGUGAAAUUAAAUUUAUAUACACACAUGAAUUUGAACGGAACAAAACACGGACUCGAAAACACACGUCGACGAAUCGCUCCCCCCGAAAACGGUAAAAAAAAUAAAACGGUUUAUCAAAAACAGGUUACACGAAUUGCUAUGAGGAAAAUGGGAUAAUAAAAUGCCAAAAUCAUACGAAAUGGGAGAAGCUUAAAUUAUUGUAAAAAAAGUGUGCCAAAUACGAAAAAGCAGAGUUUAAUCGUUGAAUCACCGACUCCUUAUUACAAGAAAAGCAGAGAAACUCGCAAUUGUGAGUAAAAAUGUUGACCGAGGAAAUAAUGAAUACUUUAUUUUGUUAAAAGAAAGGAGCCAGCAGGCUUUUCGUAGUCUCUGCGAAAACGCGAACACAUGGGAAAAAACGUAAAACAAGGUUGUGACUCUGUUUACCUUUGGUUACACAAACAGAAACAAACACACGCAAACAAGAGAAUCCCCCUGGUAAUCUGUGAAUGGCAUAUUAAUUAAUGUCUAUCCAAAUAGGUAUAAUACGGUUAUUGUUAAAACAAAACGCGCGCGGAGAAAGAAGAUAUUUGAUGACGAAACGACGUGGAUUGAUUAUUAUUGAGAUGAAACCAAAAAUAAAGUAAAAAAUACACGCAGAGUCGCAGGAAAAAAGGACGUAAUUAUUGAAGAAAUUAAUUAUUUGAAUCAUCGUAUGUUGCGUAAAAUAGCAAUUCCUUUAAAUGUUAGCGUUGAAAGAAGAAAUUGAUUAAAAUUGAUCAUUGUUUGUGCGCAAUGAUUGAACACCAGCCAUGUUACAAUAUCGCCAAGGAAAAUAUUGAUUACUUACUUAAUUACCCCCCAAAUGAUAAGAGAAAAAAAAAUACAAACAUCCAACGUUGGUUGAACGAGAUGAAUUAAAAAAAAUUAUAAAUUACGUGAUCGAAGCACGAACGGUAUGAUUGUUGAAAAUUAUUAUGCUGAAAAGCCGCAACUCUAUCGACAAACUACAUCGCAGCAUUAUAUUCUUAAAAAAAAGAACGAGAAAAAGAAAAAUAUCCGCAGGUGGCAGACACACGCGGGCCUAAUCUUACAGAGUCAGUGCAUUAAAUGAUUUUAAAUUAAUGAGUGAAUUAAUUAAUGUUGUCUGAUCGUCAUCUAUAACUGUGUGCUUUACGAUGAUUAUUGAUUUGAAAUGAAAAAAACAAAAUAUGAAAAUAAUAAUGAUUCGCGCACUCGUGCGGUGCGUAAACAAUUCGGAGACUCUCUACGCAUAAUUAUUGCAUUUAACACGCACACACCUACACAUACACACACACAAAACUAUUUAACUGUACCAAAAGGGAAGAUGUUGAUCGUCGGCGGGGCGCCGUCCCGUCCGUCGCGCCCGGAAAUCAAUUCCAAAUUCCGCGCCGACGGAUGAGACGGGAACAAAAUGAACGCCCGGCAAAUUGAUCUCGCGGCGUCAUCCUUGGCAGAUCAAUCAAAAGUUCCGCGGGGACGUUUUUCGUUUCAGAAAUGUUUGUAUUUGUAUGAUUUCUAAAGUCGGUUUUAAUUGUUGAAUUAAUUAAUUAAUGAGCGCGUUUUCCCCGCGGAAUCGGCAUUUCGUUUCGUCGCCGAGUGUCGACGCACGUCGGCAACGUCGGCGAAUUUGAAUAUUUACGCAAAGGUUCCCGAAUUGAUUUCGUUGCAUUUAUUGUUGAGAAACAAAACCGGUUUGUUAUAAGUAGAUUUUUUAUAUUUAUUUUGGGGAACCGAUUAAAAUAAAAAAUGAAAAUGAAAAAUGAAAAAAAAAAGUAUUAAAAAUAAUGGAAAAAUACGCAAAAAAAGUAAAAAUGUUUGGUUGAGAAAAUUGAUUCAGCUCGAGUCGAAUUUUGGGUUCGCGGGCUGGCGGCGUUGACUCGCGCUUCGGCCGCGGACAGGCAACGCUCGGCCAGCCCUGCUCGCGACGUAGCUAACGCAACGCAUGCUUACACGCAUUACGCAUAUAAAUACAUGUACAAUAUGUGGUUUUUUGAUAAACGCAGACUCGACUGAUGACAAAGUGGCUAAACUUCGCACAUCACACACCCUGUGAGGUGAAAGCGAGGUUUGCCGUUUCUCAAGGGCCUUGCUACGUAAGGGGCUCAGUGUCCAAAUUCCUUGCACAGGGAUGUCCGACGCGGGGCGCGACGACCCCGCGAGGCGAAUAUUUUUUCUGCUCGCAAAAAAGUGGUCGCGCUCCGGCGCGAUUUCCAUCCAGCGUUCACGUGGGACAAAAGGGAUUUCGACAAAAUACGUAUUUUGGCUCUUGAGAACAAAAGCUGUCGGUUCGCAGACGCUUUCGUGCGGCGCGUCGUCCGAAAUUUGGGACGAAACGCCGUCCGACGAGUCUCGAACGCGUGUUCGACGGCGACAUUGGCUGAUACGGAAAAAAAUUCAAAUGUUGCUAAUGAAUCAUUACGCUAUAGGUAGAUCGUGCGAAAACACUCUAGAAUCGUAGCAUCUCAAUUACGACAAAACGUAUAUCUGCUGUUAUCCUCACCGCAUAGAUACCGAAUGAAAACAAAAAAUCUAUAUUAUAUUUCUCCUUCUCUCCGAUACGAAAAAAGAUAUGAGAAAACGAUUUCAGACCACGUUGUGCAGAAAUUAAUACAAAACUAACACACACAAACACCCACUCUAGCCAAACGUUUUAUCCAAAUCUUCCCCCCUAAAAAAGAGAUUUACUAUUUGAGACGAGAAUAUUUAUCUGAAAAAUAUAAAUACCAACACACACUCACACACACAACACUACUUCAUCGAAAAAGAAGAAAGAAAAACACUCGUGCGCACUCUUUUGAUUUCGAACGACGUAAUAUUUUUUGUAUUUAUUUUGAGGACAAAAACCCGACAGGCUUACUUAGCAAUAAAAAGAUCUCUCUUGAAACAUUUCAAUGUGUUUAAAUGUAUACAUGUUCUAAAACUAUGUAUAUCUAUAUAUAAAUUUAAAUUUGUUGCUAUACAAAAGCAGCAAAAAUACAAUAAUGAAAGAAAAAAACAAAUAAAAAAUUAAAAAUGUUCAUUAAAUGCUCC